AUGAUUUUCCUUACUUCUCCUAAACCGAUCGUCACUAUUGGACAGUCUGAAUUGGAAGUCAACGAAGAUCUGCUAGAUUUGAAUUAUUGUAAAUGUCAUUGCGACUCUUGCAAGUUCAACUGUAAAUAUCGACGCUACCUCACUACAACUAUAUUUAUUGGAAUAGUUAUUCCUCCAUUAUGGUUUAUCAAUAUUUUAAUGAUCUUAUAUAGCUGCUUCUGGUUAAAACAUGAUGAAAUCAGAUAUGAUGAAUACAUUCACUCUCAUGAUCCAAAAUUUGCAUCCAGAAAUAUUGUGAAUAUUCCCCCACUAAACUUCAACGAUGAAAUUUGCGAAGCUAUUAUUGCACAUCAUGAAUCCUUGCGCAGCAAGACGAUAAAUUUGGCUAUGUAUUCAUUAGGUUGCGUAAUAGUAUAUGGUAUGUUUGUUGGACUUCUAGUUUACGGUAUUUUACAUCCACCAGCUUCAGUUCAUUAA